AUGGGUGGCCAUACGCAUCUCAUCGUCUUCGUCUCCAUGUUUGCAGCCAUAACUCUGAUAUCGGAAGCCCAAUACAUUCUCCCGAUCUUCAAACACGAACCCUCCAAACAAUAUUACACACUUAUCUACAUCGGAUCCGCCACAACGUCGUCUCCCGUUAACCUCCUCCUCGAUCUUGGAACCAACCUCACGUGGCUCAACUGCCGCAACAUCAAAUCUUUAUCAUCACUUCGCCUCGUUACUUGCGAGAGCUCCACCUGCAAAUCCAUUUCCGGCAAUGGCUGCGACGGAAAAAUCUGUCUUUACCGUGAACCAAGUCCUUUCCUCCUCACAAACCACACCGUGACCAAAACCGACCGUGUCGUUCAAGACAAAGCCACCAUCUUCUCUACAGAGAGCGGAAUACCACCCUCCCUUGUCUCUUUCCGCCCCUUCACAUUCUCCUGCGCCGUCCAGAAAAACCUCCAAGGCAUUGCCUGA